UCUACCUUUUGCUCUCUCCCCUCUCUCCCUCUUGCUCUCUCUCUCCCCCUCUCUCUCCUCCACCGUGGUUACUGCAGUAGUCCAGCAGCCAGUCGGGAGCUUGUCAGCCACACACAGAGCUAACUGCCACAACUUGCUACCUCACCUCAUCCCUACAGCCCUCAUCCCUGAGCUCAGCCCCGGGGAUCAACUAGUAGACAACCAGGACAGACAGAGAGACACACACCUCGGGGGAGAGAGCACCAGGCCAGGAACCCUCCAUACCUGCCUCUGUUUACGGAAAUCGGUUACAGAUACCCUGCACAGCCACCAUCGCGUCGACACAGCAGGAGUCUACUCUCUCUCUCUCUCUCUCUCUCUCUCUCUCUCUCUCUCUCUCUCUCUCUCUCUCAAUUUUUCUCUCUCUCUCUCACUUCUCUCUAUUUUUCCCUCGCUGAUACUGAGGAGAGGACAAGAGCACUCUCUCUCCUUUGACUGCUUUUUCCUCUCCCUCUGCUUCUCUCUCUCUAAAGCGUAGCUCCGGCAGCACUGCGCUCCCUCUCCUCCUCCUCACCCCUCUCCAACCAGCACCACCAUCUCUUCACCUCCCCCCAUCCCCUCAGGAGGAAUAUUGCUAACUGUGCUGCACGCGGCAGGCUGCAGCUGCUAUAGCCAUGGCCAGGCAAGCCAACGCAGGGAGAGGACCAGAAGAGAAGAAAGAAAAAGAGAGUAGAGGGGGAUGACUCUGUCAGGAGUCCUUUAGCUUUUCUCUCUCUCUCUUUCCCCAUCCAUCAGAGCGGGGCUAAUCAGGCACCAGCUAGCCUUCGGCAAAGUCACCGAGACGGAGGGCUCUCAGCCGACACACACACAGAAACACACACACACGCACGAGGACCUGCCAGACCGGUGGAUUUUUUUUGUUGGUAUUCUGUCAUUUUUUCCCCUUCUGCUCAGUGUGUCUGGCUUUUACUGCUUGAUGGAGCAGUGUGAUUCGUCAACAGAGGGGCCGUGUGUCUGCGGGGGUAGAGGAAGAGAGCCGGGGGACGCCAGUCACCUGCUUAGCUUAACCCACACGGCCUGUCCUUUCCCACCGAGCCUCUAGUCUCUACACGCUGCUCUGCUCCACUCUCACCACCGGCUAACAGGAGACAUUUUGUUCCAUUAGUUAACACACAGACAUUACCACCACUUUCCAGAAGAAAUUUCUGUUUUUCCAUGGAAAGGGAAUUACACAUGACUCUGGUUCGUGAUUGUUUUUUGUGAUAUUCAGAAAAGAAGAAGAAAGGGACCGUUUCAGAACUAAUGUGCGUCUCCCAGUCCCGUCGAUGGCGUGGCGAAUCCUGUCCUUGCUCCAGCCAGGGUAGGAGGGUGGUGCGUCCUCCUCUAGCGUCCGUCUCCCCCCAACAUGCUGAAUAAUGAGCCCUCCGCAACAUGAGUACUGUGGGCCGGGUUUCUCUGCAGCCCACCUGGAACGCAGCCCUGCUCGCCCUGCUAGCCCUCACCAUGGUGCCAGCUUUCAGUGUGUGCCAGCCUGCCGGCCUGGGUCCUCCCCCCAACCCCCAGAACUGUCCGGCGGUGUGCUCCUGCACCAACCAGAUUGGUAAGGUGGUGUGUACACGCCGUGGCCUGGUCAAGGUGCCCCCCGGGAUCCCCACCAACACCAGGUACCUCAACCUGAUGGAGAACAGCAUCGAGACCAUCCAGGCUGACACCUUCAGACACCUACACCAUCUGGAGGUGCUGCAGCUGGGCAGGAACGCCAUCAGGCAAAUCGAGGUUGGGGCCUUCAACGGCCUGACCAGCCUCAACACUUUGGAGCUGUUUGACAACAGACUGACGGGGAUCCCCAGCGGGGCUUUUGAGUACCUGUCCAAGCUGAGGGAGCUGUGGCUGAGGAACAACCCCAUCGAGAGCAUCCCCUCCUAUGCCUUCAACAGGGUGCCCUCUCUGAUGAGGCUGGACCUGGGGGAGCUCAGGAGGCUGGAGUACAUCUCUGAUGGGGCCUUUGAGGGCCUGCAGAACCUCAAGUACCUGAACCUGGGGAUGUGUAACCUCAGGGAGAUGCCUGUCCUGUCUCCCCUAACGGGCCUGGAGGAGCUGGAGAUGUCUGAGAACACUUUCCCUGAGAUGAAGCCCGGCUCUUUCCGCGGCCUGCAUUCGCUACAGAAACUCUGGAUUAUGAACUCUGGGAUCACCAUGAUCGAGAGAAAUGCCUUCGAUGACAUCACGGCGCUGGUGGAGCUGAAUCUAGCCCAUAAUAACCUGUCGUCUCUCCCCCAUGACCUCUUUGCCCCGCUGCAGUACCUGGUGGAGCUCCAUCUCCACCACAACCCCUGGAGGUGUGACUGUGACGUGGUGUGGCUGUCCUGGUGGCUAAGGGAGUACAUCCCCACUAACUCCACCUGCUGCGGCCGCUGCCACUCCCCUGCCCACAUGAGAGGACGAUACCUGGUGGAGGUGGACCAGACUACAUUCCAGUGCUCUGCUCCCUUCAUCCUGGAUGCUCCUAGGGACCUUAACAUCUCUGCAGAGAGAGUGGCUGAGCUCAAGUGUCUUACGGCCUCCAUGUCAUCGGUCCGAUGGCUGCUUCCUAACGGGACCGUUCUGACCCACGGCUCAGCUCACCCUCGGAUCUCUGUCCUCAAUGACGGAACGCUCAACUUCUCCAAUGUUUUGCCGUUGGACACGGGUGUCUACACCUGCAUGGUGACUAACAUGGCAGGUAACUCCAACGCCUCAGCCUACCUGAAUGUCAGCAAUGCCGAGCUCAACACCUCCAACCUGUCCUAUUUCACUACAGUGACUGUGGAGGUGCUGGAGCCCACCAUAGAGGAGACCCCCAAACCCAAACCCACUGUCCCAGCCUCGCCCUCCGUGUUCCAGCCCGUCUUCAUCUCCACUCCCACCAUGCUGCUCCAGAGCACCCAGACCCCCCGCCAGGUGUCUCUCCCCACGGCCCGUGGCCCCAUCCACCCCUCAGCCAGCCUGGAUGAGGUCGUGAAGACAACUAAGAUCAUCAUUGGCUGCUUCGUUGCCGUGACGCUCCUUGCUGCUGCCAUGUUGAUUGCCUUCUACAAGCUGCGUAAGCGGCACCAGCAACGGAGCACGGUGGCGGCAGCGCGGACCAUCGAGAUCAUCCAGAUGGACGAGGAGGUUCCCGAGGUUCCACCAGCCAGGUCGGGUUCUAGCGAGUCUGAGGAGACGGGGCUGGCUCUGCCCACCAUCUUAAAAACAAGAUACAUCUCAUCAUCCUCAUCGUCCUUCCACAGAGACAGAGACAGGGACAUGGACAGGGACAGAGCUGCUUACGGGGCUCACUGGACCCAUAACAACCUGGGAAACUCCCUGCACCACUCAUCCAGCCGCCAGCAUCAUCAGCAGCACCACAGACUCAUCAGCACCAUCUCAGAGCCCUAUGUCAUUAAGACCACUCACACCAAGGAGAAGGUCCAGGAAACCCAGAUCUGAGGGACUCAUGCUGGCCUUACUAUGGAUCUAACUGUGUGGAUCUAACUGUGUGGAUCUAACUGGGUGGAUCUAACUGGGUGGAUUUCUAUAUAGAUCUGACUGUACCCCCUCCUCUUCUCCUCUCCUCACUGCUCACCAGUCCAUGCAAUAGAAUGCACAAAGAAGACGGUAACUUUCUUUUGUACAAAGUGCAAAAUGGAGACAGUUUUUUCUCUCUUGUACAUGCUUAUACAUAAAUAUAGAAAUAUCAAAAAUAUACAUCUAUAUAAAUUAAUCUACUAUGGGGACGGUGAUGGGAUUAUGUAUCAAAGAAGAAAGUAAAAUGUAAACUAUUUUCUAAUAACUUGUAAGUUCUAUUUAAAAGCUAGAGAUGUUGAGAUGCUGUGAUGGUAUAUUUGUAUUGAUUGAGGGAGGAGCUGUCUUGAGGAAGGCUGUUCUGUUUGUUAUUUACACCAUUUGGAAUUCAGUAAAACCCCUUUAUACCCACAGCAGUUUAUAGAACAACAAGCCCUAACAUCAGAUCAGUCUUCACAGGCUAAGCUUAUAAAAGCACCAAUUUGUACUGUGCCAAACGUUACACAUGCAAUAAAGGACUCUGGAAGAUUAAGAAAACCAACAGCCACAUCCAAGCAAAAUCUAGACAGAAAGAGAGAGUCAUUUGUCGAGGGAGAGCUGUAGAGAGAAGAGCGUAGAUUUUGCUGUUCAGUAGCUAUCAGCCAAAUGCUUUUAGACUGCAGUGAAUUUCUGCAGCUAAGGUUUAACCUUUUGUUUACUGGAGCCAAGCUACACAUCUAUCUAAAAGCCAGCUCUUUAUGUUACUGAAUCUAAACCUGUUUAGUACGAUUGCAUUCAUUUUAUCCCAGGUCCCCUUGGCUAAAAUGAAGGACAGGCUAUUAUGAACAGAGAUUUGGUGUGAUUACUUCAUGCAGAUUUAGGUUGCAUAAGGUAUUGUAAUUUUUUUCUUUUUUUCUUGGGUUGUGACAUGCUUCUUAAUGGCAUGUGUAGUGUUUAGGGUUAAUGUAGUGAUGCAUUACAGCAGUUCUCUGUCUGCUCUCUGUAAGGGCUCGUUCUAAUGGUAAUCCCUCACAGUUACAGACGUGGUGCAGAGAGACUGGGGUUUGCUGACCAAUCUUCUUUUGGAAGAAAAAAAGGAGCAGGGUUGAAAUUAAAUGAAUGUCUGGACAUUGGGUUUGUUUCUCUAUGGACUUAAUUGAAAAAGUAAAAUUGUUUUUUAUUUUCCUUAUUUGGUGUAUUAUUUCGAGCAACACUAUUUUUAUUGGGAGUCUAUAAGGAGGCUACAAAAAAUAAAACCUUUGGUUUGUAUUUCUCUA